CCCAACCUUGCCGACCCGGUUGAACCUGAACCGACUAUAACCCUUGCAAGAGUGUAGCCGAAGAAUACUUCACUCGUUUUCUUCCUCGGGCUUCAUCGCAUUCCUUUCUAUAUUCAUCGCAUUCCUCUGUAUUUCUCCGCUGCAAAGAGAUACUAAGCAUGAAGCUUGACUUUAGUGGACUUGAAUCUACUGUCCCCUUCUCUGCAAUGAGCAGUGGCCUUUGUGAUGGAUUUUCAGCUGGACCAUCAUUUGAGAUUCCUAAUACUACUGAUUUUGAUGGCUUUCAGAAGGAAGCUAUACAAAUGGUGAAGCCAGCAAAGGGGACAACAACCCUUGCUUUCAUUUUCAAGGAGGGAGUCAUGGUGGCAGCUGAUUCUCGUGCAAGCAUGGGAGGCUAUAUCUCAUCACAGUCUGUGAAGAAAAUAAUCGAGAUCAACCCAUACAUGCUAGGAACAAUGGCUGGGGGAGCUGCUGACUGCCAGUUCUGGCACAGAAACCUGGGCAUUAAGUGCCGGUUGCAUGAGCUGGCAAAUAAGCGAAGAAUUUCAGUUGCUGGGGCUUCAAAGCUGCUUGCAAACAUUCUUUAUUCUUACCGUGGAAUGGGCUUGUCUGUUGGUACCAUGAUUGCUGGAUGGGACGAAACGGGUCCUGGGCUAUAUUAUGUGGACAGUGAAGGAGGGCGAUUGAAAGGAACCAGAUUCUCUGUUGGAUCUGGUUCACCAUAUGCUUAUGGUGUAUUGGAUAACGGGUACCGUUAUGAUAUGUCAGUUGAAGAAGCUGCAGAGUUGGCUAGACGUUCCAUUUAUCAUGCAACUUUUCGAGAUGGAGCUAGUGGUGGUGUUGCUAGUGUUUAUCACGUGGGACAAAAAGGAUGGACGAAGCUAUCUGGUGAUGAUGUCGGGGAACUCCAUUAUAUGUACUAUCCAGUUGAACCAACAACAGUGGAACAUGAGAUGGGUGAAGCAUCAGGGGUGUGAGGUAGAGGGUUGCUGGGAUAUUCUCCUGUUAGUUGCCAACAGUUCAUAGACAGGCCUGGAUAAGUUUAUUUCAGUUUCCUUUGAUGUUCUUGAAGUUUACACUAUUUCAUGUGCUGGAUAAUUCUUGUUGCUGGUUUUGAAAUUUAUGAUCUCUAUUUGUGCUUGAAAA